AUGAAAAUAAUUCGUGGAAUAAUUCAAAACGCUUUGUUAAUUGCGUUGGUGUUGGCAGCAUCUACUGUGAUCUGGGCAAAAUCCCUUAAAAUUGAUGUUGAACUAAGAAAAACGUUAGAACGAAAUGGACAUGCUAACAUUUUGGUGUCAAUGAGUGCCGGAACUCAAGAUAUUUUAGAUAAUUUGUCCAGUAAAUCAUUUUCGUCUCGUACCGAACGUUCCCAGGCAGUGUACGAUGCACUUACCGCUCGUGCUCAAAGCUCACAGCGCGAGAUUCUUGCUUUCCUAGCAUCGACUUCCACUUUGGAACAAUACAAAUAUGGAAACGUGCAGAGCUUCUGGAUUACGAAUCAAAUUGGUAUACAAGUUGCAAGUGAAGAAUUUAUCGUGAUUCUGGCGUCCAUGGACGAAAUAUCCCUCAUUCAAGAAGAUGACAUUGCACACCUGGAUCUGCCAGUAAUAGAAAAUCGAAACACCACUGAUCCAACAGUUAAUCAAUGGGGUGUUGAAGCAAUCAAUGCGCCAUCAGCUUGGCUCUUAUUUAAUGGAACAACUGGUUUUGGAAUAACGGUAGCCAACAUUGACACCGGUGUACGCUACACGCACGAAAUAUUGCGUGACACUUACAAGAAUGAUGAUCACUCAUGGUACGAUCCAUACAACCAAACUGAAAUUCCAGCUGAUUAUCAUGGACAUGGAACGCACACUAUGGGAACUAUAGUCGGCUCAAAUGGUUUUGGAGUAGCGCCACAAUCGAGAUGGAUUGCUUGCAAGGGAUUGUAUGAUGAUAAUUUUGGAUCAGGAUUAAACCUACUCGCUUGUGGACAGUUUAUGGUUUGUCCGACCGAAUUUACUGGAGCUAAUCCAGACUGCUCCAAAACACCGCAUAUUGUCAGUAACAGCUGGGGUCAGGGUUCGGGUGCAAGCACAUACUAUGAUGGAAUGAUCGCUGCCUGGCAUGCUGCCGGUAUUAUACCUGUAUUUUCAUUGGGAAACGCUGGCACCAAUUGUAAUACUGCUAGAAGUCCCGGUGAUCGUAACGUUAUUGGCGUUGGCUCAACGACGAUCCUAGAUGAGCUAUCCUACUUCAGUUCAGUCGGCCCCACACGAGAUCACAUUAUAAAGCCCGAUAUUUCCGCGCCUGGUUCAUUGGUUGUGUCUGCCGGUCAUCUAAACGAUGACGCGUAUAGAACUAUGAGCGGUACAAGCAUGGCAUGCCCGCACGUAGCAGGAACAAUUGCAUUACUUCUGAGCAGAAAUGGCAAUCUAACAUAUGUGGAGAUAAGAUCAUUGCUCCAAUCGUACGCCGAUCGCAAUUUGACAUUUUCGAAUGUUACGUGCAAUUGGAUCACUGACAAUGUGUUUCCAAACCAUCAUUUCGGGUAUGGUCGGUUAAAUGCAAACAGAUCGUUAGCAGCACUUGCUGAAUUUAAUGAAAGCCCAACUAUGAAAGUUUAA